AUGGCAGUUUGCAACAUACAAUGCCUAUUGAAAAAGCAAAUUGAUCUUAUAAGAAGAGAUUCUGCUGACCUUAGUGCUGACCUUAACCGUUAUACGCAUUAUCAAGCAGAUAGGCAGAGGGUGAUUUCUAUUGUUUCAUCAUCAAUUUCAAUAUUUGCCGGAUUAGUAGGGAUUUAUUUUUUUUUGGCUAUAUCUGAUAGGAAGCGGAUCUUUAGACAUCAUUUGAUUAUCUUUUUGAUUCUAUAUGACUGGAUUAAGGCUAUAUGUUUGCUAUUAUACCCUUUACGAGUAUUGGUGACAUCAGCAGCUUAUUAUAAUGUAGGAUUUUGCAGAGUUGUUGGAUUCUUUACGGCUUUUUCCAUUGAAGGUUCUGAUCUCGCAAUAAUAAGUUUUGCAAUUCACCUAGCCUUGUUGAUUUAUAGACCGAACGACAGAAUCAAAAGAGGAAAUAAUUAUGAAGGGGGCUUGUAUCGUUACAGGUAUGUUGUUUAUGCAGUGGAUAUCUUACUACCAAUUUUGCUAGCUUCUUUGGCGUUUAUUGAUGACUUAGGGUAUACACCGCUAACUAAUUGGUGCUAUAUUCCAAGUCGACCAAUCUGGUACAGGUUAGUCUUGAGUUGGAUUCCCCGGUAUUUAAUCAUGGUUUCUAUAAUUGUCAUAUAUAUAUGUAUCUAUCAGCAUGUGACAAAGCAAUAUAGUAACGUUGGUAGAUCCUUUGAAAAUAAUACCCCUGUCAAUGAAGCCACUUUGAAACAAAAGCUUAGUAGUUUUAUGAGAUUUUUAACGUUCGACCUUACUAAUAAUAAAAUUCAUAAUGCAGACAACGACUCACAAGAAGAUAAUCUAAAUACUGAGACUGUUGAUAAAUUUAAGGUCCGGCGAAUUCAAGCUCAAAAACAAAUAAGCGCUAUAUUCAUAUACCCUGUAUCAUAUCUUUUCUUAUGGAUUUUUCCAACUAUAGUUCACGGAUUAGACUUCCGGUAUGGACUUUCUAUUCGUCCAUUUGUGUGGCUAAAUGGAAUUGCUGCUUUUAUGCAACCAUUCAAUUGCACUGUCGAUACGUUGGUGUUUUUGAUCAGAGAGAAACCUUGGAGGAUUACUACUAUUAAGGUUGAUUCAUCUCUAACAGAAGUCUACGAGUAUCCUUUGUGGAGAAGAAUGCUUUCUUUUUUACCACUCUUCAAAUUACCUGAACCGUUGGAAACUCGACAUUUGAAUUCUCUAGAUUCGAAAAAUGAGAUUAGUACAUCAGAAAAUGCGAACUCUCGUGAGAUUUCAAGUAUUAUAUCAGAUACAACUAACACAGGAAACAUUGGGCAUGUAUUGAGAAGUAACCAUCAGCAUGCUCUCAUAGAUAAUAUUGCAUCUUCCAGAUCAACUGAAUCAAACCUCACUCCUUUACAAGGUGAGAGAAAAGAGUAUAAUCAAAUUAUAGCUAAAAAUAAAGAUCACGCAAAGCAUCAUAAUACCCUAAAUCUCUCUAAUAACCAAGCAAUUCCUGAAACAGCAGAUGAAUUAGGGUUUGAGGAAUUUUUAAAAACUGAGCCUGAAACAAAAUAA